CACACACACACACACACACACACACACAAACGCAUUAUUGGGGAGUAAUGAGCAGGUCUCGUUGUUGGAACAUAUUUGCUAAAUAGCAUGCAUGAAUUUUCAGGAACCGUGCUCCAGUUCAUGUAUUUAGUGUGUUAUAUGUUAUAUGCUCCAUGAUGCCGCUGCUCCGCUGAUUGACCGCUGAGUGUUGUGUUGAGGUGCGGUUUGCUCUCCGCUGCUGCAAGGGGAGCGUCCGUCCACAGCCUGCAAUGCUGUAAUGUGCAGUCGCCUGUUUUUCUCCUUGCCGCUCCAUUUUUCCACAUCUAAUCCCAUUUACAAGACCACAGAGAAACACAUUUAUUAAGAGGGACAGCCUCCGUGCAGGCGGGAGGUGAAACAGCCUACAUACUGCGUCUUCGAACUGAGAUGGGGAAGGUGUUAACUCAUUUCUGUGAAUGUCUACAUGGUUUCUGGAGAUGCAGGUGCCUACAGAGGAUGCCCUUUCACUGACUGGAUAGAGGCAGCUGGGUUUCAGGAUGCGCUCCCUGAGGAAGACGGUGUUGCUCGCCAUCCUGGUGUCUGUGGUUCUGGUACUUGCUCUCCUCCAUUCGUGGCCCACUCGGGCCUACACCACCGUGGACGUGUGGCAGCGACCGGGGCCAAUUGAAGAGAGGCAUCUGGAGGAGAGGCUCCCAGAACCAGACCACCGAUUGGGAAACAUCGCCUUUCACGUGAGGGACAAUGUGGCAAGCUUGUUGGCACGAAACGGAUGCGUUUGUGAGGGUGAGAGUGGAGGAGUAAACCUGCCCUUCGCCCAAAUCUUGUUCCCGCGGGUGUCAGCUCACCCGCUGCACACCGCCUUUGAGGCCUCCGACCUGGAGGAAAUGAAGAGGAGACGGGCCAAAGAGUACAAUAGUUUCCAGAAGAGGACACAGACGCCUGCAGAUGUUCUCAUCAUUGCAGAGGCUAACAAUCCCUUACAGUAUCCAACGCAAGGGGUGGAGGUACGACCUUUGAGAACAAUCAUCAUCCCAGGCUUGGCCUUACACAACCUUCCCAGAGACCACUACUCAAUAAACAUAACUGCCGCGCUGGGAACGCUAAAUGUGGCAGCAGAGGUGGACGGGGUGAAAAUCAAAGGUGAUGGCGAGAUGCGCAUGACUCUGUCGAGCAGCCUGCUGCCAAAUCUGAAUCGACAGCUGCAGUUUGUCACCUACACAAACACACUGUUCCACCCCAGCACAGCCGACACAGUGCAGUUUGAGACAGAGGGGCAUCAAACCAGCUUCAGUAUCAAGAUUCGUCACGGUGUAACACCCAAACUGUACAAUACAGGAUCCAAAGGAGAGUACAAUGUCAGUGCCCUCGUUACAAUAGCUACAAAGACUUUCCUGCGGUACGAUAAGCUUCAAGAUCUUAUCGACAGCGUGAGAAGAUACUACCCUACCGUUACCAUAGUAAUAGCUGAUGACAGCGAAAUCCCCCAAACCAUUUCUGGGCCUUACAUCGAACAUUACAUCAUGCCUUUUGGAAAGGGUUGGUUUGCUGGACGAAACCUGGCCGUCUCUCAGGUGACCACAAAGUAUGUGCUGUGGGUGGACGAUGACUUCAUUUUCACAGCCAACACCAAGCUGGAGAAACUGGUGGACGUUUUAGAGAGAACCACUCUGGAUCUGGUGGGGGGUGCCGUGCGGGAGGCCACGGGUUACACUGCCACCUACAGACAGACCAUCUCCAUUGAGUCAGGGGAGGAGGAUGGUGACUGUUUACACAUGAGGAGAGGAUUUCAUCACGUCAUCCAAGGCUUCCCCAACUGUGUUGUGACUGAUGGAGUCAUUAACUUCUUCCUGGCUCGCACCGACAAAGUCCAGCAGGUCGGCUUUGACCCACGCCUCGCCAGGGUAGCUCACCUGGAGUUUUUCAUCGAUGGAUUGGGAUCUCUCCACGUGGGCUCCUGUGACGAUGUCAUUGUCAAUCAUGCAACCAAAAUCAGACUUCCUUGGGUCAGCCAAUCAGAGAGCGACAAGACUUACGCCAAGUUUCGUUACCCGCCGGCCUCUUCUGACGCCACACACACGAAAAACGGCCUGCUGUUCUUCAAGAACCGAUUUCAGUGUUUGACUCAUAAUUAGUUCCCCUCCUCUUUACCCUGAGGGUUCCUCUGCUCUUCCCGAGUUGCCAAAUAAGUUCUCCUCCACCACGUCCCUUCAGAUAAGCCUUCAGACAUACACUUUGGUUAGCCUUUUCUUUAUGCGAAAAAAGUUGCUAUUUUAGCAGUUUUAGCAUGUUAGUUCUGUCAGUGCUAAAAAGUCCUCGCACCAAGAAUAUGAAAAUCCAGGCUUAGAGAAUCAUCUGUAGUAACAAACAUAUCAUCUUGUUGACACAGACCCAGUUAAAUCACAGCAUCACUGUGAUUAAUUCAAGACUUCCUUUUCGUUCAACCGUAUCUGGCUAUACAUCCUCGAGUUGUUCUCACACAGAUACUGGAAAUUGGAAAAAACAAGUAGCAUCUUUCCAGUCUGAGUCACUUCAUUGUCAUUCUAGGCUAAUGCAAGCAGAGGUACAUUUGGCCUCCUACAAUAUGCACUAUCUCAAAUCAAAGACUGAGCUUGGAGAAGCAAUAGCGAUGUCUGAGGACCUGAGAAUGAGGACAAGAAGACACUUCUCAGAAAGUGACAAUCCUGUCGACACAGAGCAUACCGUAGGUAUUCUAUUCACCAAUGCCACAUGAAGAACGUGUUCAGAACUUUUCCACCUGUGGUACCUGAGCCUGAGUGGUCGUGCCAAAGGUUUGGCAGCUGGCUUUUUAUUAUUUAUUUAUUUUUUUUAUCUCUUUGUGUUAUUGUUUUGCUCCCCCCUUACCCAGAAUCCCAUAUGUCCUUUGUGAGCGAUUAAUCACGUCUGUGGAAGAGAAACUUUCUGUCCUCACACAUCUGGUGUCACCUGAUCUUGGAGCAGCCUUGUUUCUUUGUCUUCUGCUAUCUGUCACUCUCAACAAACAUCUAAGGAAGUGGAGCGCUUCUGUCCAGUGCACGCUGAUGAAUGACGAUGGAAGUAAUUUGCAUCAUUACAUGCUGUCUAAAACAAGAAGUUGAAUGAAUCAAAGUGCAUGUUUAUUUUUUUCUCAUUAUAAGACAAGAAAGGAGGAAAAAAACAGCACACUGAGACAGAAUUAAAGAGAGUUUGGUGAUGAAUAUACAUCUUAAAACACAGAAUGAGUAGUCAGAGCAUGAGAGGAACACUGAGUGACACAAAGUCAAUAAUGAGACGAGGUAAGAUGAUGAAGAUCAUGAUUUUAUACCGACUCUUUGGAGAGUUGUAUGUCAAAGACUGGCAUUCAUGCCUGAAGUGAUGAUGCUGUUCUAUUUCAUCCUUACUGACCGCCAGAGGCAGUGCUUAA